AUGGACGGCCUGGAGGGAGAAGAGCUCUGCUACCCUCAUCUCCUGAACUUGUCCUGCAGGGGUUUAAUGCGUCCUCGCUCUGAAGCUGUGCUCCUCUACACGCUGUUCUCCUCUUUUACUGUGCUCACUGCAUCUCUCAACCUGCUGGUGGUCAUCUCCAUCUCCCACUUCAGGCAGCUUCAAACCCCCACCAACCUGCUCCUUCUCUCCCUGGCUAUCUCAGACUUCCUUGUUGGGCUGCUGGUGAUGCCAAUGGAAUCAAUGCGAUUCAUAGAAACCUGCUGGUUACUGGGUGAUCUCAUUUGUGCGCUGUCAUACAUUAUUGGCUUCACUCUCACCUCAGCCUCUGUGGGCAACAUGGUGCUCAUAUCGAUCGAUCGCUUUGUAGCCAUUUGUUAUCCUCUGCAGUACCCUAACAAAAUAACUCGCAGCAGAAUUGAGGUUUCUGUGUGUUUGUGCUGGGCCUGCUCAUUUCUCUACAACGGGCUGAUUUUAAAAGACCAUCUCAGGCAACCGGACAGACAUAACUCCUGCUAUGGGGAGUGUAUUGUUGUGAUUAACUAUGUCUCAGGAACUGUCGACCUUGUGUUCACAUUCAUCGGUCCCUGUUUAGUCAUCAUUGUUCUGUACAUGAGAGUGUUUACUGUGGCAGUGUCUCAGGCUCGUUUCAUGCAGUCUCAUAUUACAGCUGUUGCAGGAGGUAAAUGUCCAGUCACUGCUAAGAAAUCAGAGAGAAAAGCAGCCAGGACUCUGGGUAUUGUCAUAUUUGUGUUUUUGAUGAGUUUCUGUCCGUAUUACUAUCCCUCUCUUGCAGGACAGGACAUCUCAAACAGUGUUUCGUCUUGGGGCAUUGUGUCCUGGCUUUUGUAUUUUAAUUCUUGUUUGAACCCACUCAUAUAUGCUUUUUUCUAUCCGUGGUUUAGAAAAGCUAUCAAGUUCAUUGUUACCCUGAAGAUACUUGAGCAGAACUCCUCUCAGGCAAAUAUACUUUAA